UUCACACUGUUGCAAUUUCUUGCAUUGUAGACUUGCUUGCAAUAUAUAUCAUGCAAGAAUACGCAUAGUAAUACGCAAGUGCAUGUUCACAUAUAUGCUUGUAUAUGUGUAGUCUUGUAUGUAUUUAAAUAUUGUUUAGUUUCAAAAGUGAUCUGAUCGCGAGUAGAAGUGCUGUUUUUUUUUUCAAUUUUGAAAUAUUUUUAAUUUUUACGAGACUGUUAAAUGGAUUCAACAAAAAAAGGAGUACUUAUUGUUUGCGAUAUGCUUCGUAAAGAAAUCUUAAAAAAGAAGCAAGAAGCUUUAAAAAAAAAAAGAUUAUGGGUUCGACAAUGGAUUAGUAGAAGAAAUAGUGUUGGCGCAUCAAAUAGUUUAUGUUUUGAAUUAAGAAAUGAAGAUCCAUCAUCAUACAAAAACUUUUUGAGAAUGGAUUAUUACCUUUUUCAAUAUUUACUGGAGAAAGUUAAACCAUUAAUUCAAAAAGAAGACACUUUUUUUAGAAAAGCAUUACCUGCACGUACAAAAUUGGAAAUAGUACUUCGUUUUUUGGCCACAGGCAAUUCUUUUACCAGUCUUCAAUAUUUAUUCAGAGUACCUAAGAACACAAUAAGUACGUUUCUACCAGAUGUAUGCAAUGCUAUUUAUACUGCAUUGAAAGAAUUCAUUGAAGUCCCUAGAAAAGAAGAAGAAUGGAAAAAAAUCCAAAAUGGUUUCAAUUUGCGUUGGAAUUUUCCUAACUGCGUUGGUGCCCUUGACGGGAAACAUGUAGUUGUAAAAAAACCACCGGGGACAGGGACUGAGUACUUCAACUACAAAAAUUCUUGUAGUAUAGUCUUAAUGGCAAGUGUAGAUCAUGAUUAUUGCUUUCGUUAUGUAGAUAUUGGAGCAAAAGGAAGACAGUCGGAUGGUGGUAUAUUUGCAGAUUGUUCCUUAAAAUAUGCAAUUGAAAAUAAUAAACUAAACCUCCCAAAAGACGCAGUUUUUGUUGCCGAUGAAGCGUUUCCUAUGAAACCAUAUUUAAUGAAACCAUAUGCCCGAAGAAAUUUAACAAAAGAACAAAAAAUUUUUAACUAUAGAUUGUCAAGAGCUAGGCGUAUAGUAGAAAAUGCUUUUGGAAUUUUAACAAGUCGAUUUAGAGUUUAUGAAAAACCAAUAUCACUUAUUCCAGAAAAGGUAGACAGUAUCGUAAAUGCUACUUGUGCUUUACAUAAUUGGCUAAGAAUAAAAUCGCCUAAUACCUACACACCAUCGGGUACAUUUGAUUAUGAAGAUUUAGAUAAUUGUAAUUGGUCUCCCGGAUCAUGGCGUAAUGAAAUACAACCAACAGGAAUUAUAAAUAUGACUUCUCAUCCACCGAGAUAUCCGUCGACAUCAGCCACAACAUUGCGAGAAAAAUACACACAAUAUUUUAAUAACGAAGGUGCUGUUCCAUGGCAGGAUAAUAUGAUUUUUUAAGUACAUUUAUCUAUAUAUUAAUUAUUAUUAUUAUUAUGUUUGUAUUAGUUACAUAUUACAUUUAUUAAAAUUUUGACAUUGUGCGGCCAACUUCACGGACUUAUAUACUAAAUUUUAAUAUUAUAUUAUCCAUAAAUUUAGUAUUUACUAUUGGUAUUUAUGUAAUUUAAUUUAUUUAAAUUUUGGUAGUGAAAUA